UGGGAAUUAUUGGAAAUACAUUAGGACUUUUUAUCUUUUGUUCAUCUCGACGUUCAUGGCGAAUAUCAUCGACCUAUACUUUUUUUGCUAGUUCCAGUUCAAUAAUAAAUGUUUUUUGUAUGUUACGAUAUACAAUUGUUUUACAUUCAACAUCACGAAAUACUUUACAUGAUUUAGUUGGUCAUAAAUGGUGGGCUUGUAAACUUUAUGAAUUUUCUUUUUCUUUUCGAGUGAUAUCAUCAUGGAUAACAUUAUUCUGGAUGUUUGAACGUUUAACAUGUGUGUCGAGAAAAUUAAGAUUACUCUCUGAACGAUGUGAACCCUAUAAAAUCAAGUUUAUCGUUCCAGUUGUAAUGAUGAUUAUUAUUCUUAGCUGUGUUAUUUUACCUCCUGUUUAUAUGUAUCAGCCACAAAUAAUUAGUAAUGAUAUAUUAAACUCAACACUAAAUAAAAUGUAUUGUGAUCUACAUGGAAAUGUAUCUAUUAAAUGGCAAUUAUAUUUUCAUGAAAUUCAUCUUGGUAUGAAUCAUUUUACCAUACGUUGUGUUUUCUCAGAAUUAUUUCCAACUGGAGCGAUUAUUUUCUUUAAUACCUAUAUAGUGUACUGUCUUGUAUCUAAACAUCGUCGUUUACAUGCAAGAUCUAUUUAUAAAUUACGCAAAAAACAAUCACGUACUACUUCAUGGAUGAAUAUUGUUCUUAUUCUUCAUUCUUCUCUUUUUCUUGCAUCAUUGCUUUUACAUAUUACUGGACAUUUUACUAUUGUCGAAGCACAUGAAUCAUGGUGGGUUUUAUUAUCGAUUUUAAUUAAUUGUUCAUUGAACUUCUAUGUUUAUUGUCUAUCGGGUACAGCAUUUCGAAAUGAAUUACGUCGACUUAUUCAAAAAUGUAAAAUACUAAUGAUUUCCACACUGCAGUCUUGUCAAAAUCGACGAGAGCAAUCUUCUGAUGGACCACGAUCAACUUAUGAAAUGAACAACAUGCGAGUAUUUGCUCCUUUUAUCUUUGUGUUUCUUCCUAUUGCUCAUAUAAAUUAUUCACAAUUUUUUGUAUUAAAAUCUGAUCAAAAUCCUAAUAAUAAUUCUUAUUCAUCUAAUAUAUCUUGUUUUGAUUCUCAUACAAGUAAUGAUGUAAGCUUUUGCGCACCUAAGAAUAUUUGUUCAAAUGUCGAAUUAUGUAAUCCUAUAACCGGUGAAUGUGCAUCAAAUACAUCUGUAUGUGUAGUUAAUUCAUGUUGUUUAUCAAAGAAUAUCUGUUUACCAUUACUAUGGAUUAAUUUAUGUUCAUUAAAAUCAAGUGAAGCACCAAUAAUCAAUAACACAGCAAGACAAGCAGAUAGAGAAGUAUCAAUAAUCGAUAGUACAACGAAGCAAACAAAUGAAGAAGUUUCAACAACGACAACAGCAGCACAAGCACCAAUUGAAUUAUGUCAAUUUUCAUUUCCAAAUAUGGCUACAUAUACAGUAGAUUAUGGUCCAAUGGGAAUUGUUACUGGUGAUAUUAAUAAUGAUAAUCGAAUGGAUAUUAUUGUUAGUAAUCAUGACAGUGAUACGAUUAGUAUACUUCUUAGUAAUAGGAAUGGGGAAUUUCCAACACAAGAAAAAAUUAAGACUACAAGAGGUCCACAAAGACUUACUCUACAUGAUCUUAAUAAUGAUAAUAAAUUAGAUCUUGUUAUUUCAAAUUCAAUGGAUAAUACAAUUAGUAUACAUUAUGGUUAUGGAAAUGGUAGUUUUACAAAUGAAAUAAUUUUAUCAACUGAUAUAACUCCAGAUUGGGUUGGUAUAAGUGAUUUGAAUCAUGAUAAUUUAUCUGAUUUUGUUGUUGCUCAUGAUGGACAUAAUAAUAUAGGAAUUUAUCUUAAUUAUGGUAAUGGAAAUUUUUCAUUACUAACAACAUAUACAAUUAUUUCUUUACCAGUUGGAGUUGUUGUUGAUGAUUUUAAUAAUGAUAAUCAUAAAGAUAUUGUUGUUACAAAUUAUUUUCAUCAUAGUGCAAGUAUUUUUUUUGGGUAUGGUAAUGGAAGUUUUGCAAAACCAACGAUAUUUUUGACAGGCCUUUCACCAUUUUCAAUUGCUAUUAGUGAUUUUGAUAAAGAUAAUAAAAAAGAUCUUGUUAUAGUUAAUUAUGGUGAUAAUACAAUUAGUAUUUUUCUUGGAUUUGGUAAUGGGUCUUUUAAACAAGAAAAAAAAAUCUCAACAGGUUUCAAUCCAUAUGAUGUUGCCAUUGGUGAUUUUAAUAAGGAUAAUGCAAAAGAUAUUGUUGUUACCAAUAGUAAUAGUCAUUCUUUUAGUAUUUAUCUUGGUAUAGGUGAUGGAGAUUUUCUACAUGAAAUGCGAUAUUCAACUGGAGAUGAGCCACAUAAUAUUAUUAUUAAUGAUUUUAAUGGUGAUAAUAAAGAUGAUGUUGCUGUUAUUAAUUGGGGUAAUUCAAAUAUUGGAGUUUUUUUAAAUGUAUGUGAACCAUAA